AGACGCUACAGGCGCUUGUGGAAGGAUGGCGGCGGUCGAUAUCCGAGGUGAUUGGCGUUGUUGUGUCUCCUUACUGAUAAUCUGCUGGGAAUCUCUUGGGUUGACAGCUCUUGGAUCCCCAUUUUGAACAGUGGUAGUGUACUGGAUUACUUUUCAGAAAGAAGUAAUCCUUUUUAUGACAGGACGUGUAAUAAUGAAGUGGUCAAAAUGCAGAGGCUAACAUUAGAACACUUGAAUCAAAUGGUUGGAAUUGAGUAUAUCCUUUUGCAUGCUCAAGAGCCCAUUCUUUUCAUCAUUCGAAAGCAGCAACGCCAAUCUCCUACUCAAGUUAUCCCGCUAGCUGACUACUAUAUCAUUGCUGGUGUUAUCUAUCAGGCACCAGACUUGGGAUCAGUUAUAAACUCCAGAGUGCUUACUGCAGUUCAUGGCAUUCAGUCAGCUUUUGAUGAAGCUAUGUCCUACUGUCGAUACCAUCCUUCCAAAGGAUAUUGGUGGCAUUUCAAAGACCAUGAAGAGCAAGAUAAAGUUAAGCCUAAAGCCAAAAGGAAAGAAGAACCAAGCUCUAUUUUUCAGAGACAGCGUGUGGAUGCCUUACUUGUAGAUCUCAGACAAAAAUUUCCACCCAAAUUUGUGCAGCAAAAGUCUGGAGAAAAGCCUGUCCCAGUGGAACAGACCAAGAAAGAAGCAGAACCCAUUCCAGAAACUGUAAAAUCUGAGGAGAAGGAGACCACAAAGAAUGUCCAACAGACUGUGAGCACUAAAGGCCCCCCUGAGAAACGGAUGAGACUUCAGUGAAUGUAGGACAAAAGAGAAGCUUGCAAGACUCUUUGUGUCAAUUAUACCUCAGUUCUCUGGUAGGAUCUUGAGCUUUAAAAUGCUCUGUGUGGAAUGCACUUGUUCUUAAGAAGGGAUAUUAUACCCAUCAUGCUUUUUUGGGGAGGUGCUGGUACUGGAUAUUGAACCAAGGGCCUGGUGAAAUGCUAGGCAAGAGUUUUACAACAGAAUUGCGCCCCAGCCUUCUAUCAUAAUGUAUCUUUAUGAAUAUUUCUUAUGUAUGUUUUGUAUCCUUUCCCUUCUGGAUUGGUACCACACCUGUUCCCAGGUGUGCUGGCAUGUAUCUUGAAAGACAAAAUAAAGUUAUUUGUAUAUACUG